AUGGCUGCCCCAGAAGUCCACCAUCUCUUCCACAACCCCAUUGCGGACCACUCCUUCUCCGCCGACCGGAAGCUCCUGGCCGUUGCCCGAAACACCUCGGUCGAGCUCUAUGGAAGGGUUGCGAACUCUUUCAAGUUGAAGGAUGAGCUGAAGGGUCAUGACAAGACCGUUACUAGCGUUGACAUUGCACCCAACAGCGGACGCAUUGUUACCUGCUCUCAGGAUCGUAAUGCUUUGGUAUGGGAACCUUCGCCGACCGGAUACAAGCCAACCCUUGUGCUUCUGAGAAUUGCCCGAGCUGCGACAUUUGCCCGAUGGUCGCCUUCCGAGACCAAGUUUGCUGUAGGAUCGGGCGACCGCGUCAUUGCCAUUUGUUACUUUGAGGAGGAGAAUGACUGGUGGGUUUCGAAGCAUUUGAAGAAGCCUAUCCGAAGUACUAUUACCACUGUCGCCUGGCACCCGAACUCCGUCCUCCUUGCUGCUGGGUCUACCGACGCCCACGCUAGGGUGUUCUCCACCUUCAUCAAAGGUAUCGAUAGCCGUCCCGCCCCCGGUGUGUGGGGUGAGCGACUUCCUUUCAACACCGUGUGCGGAGAGUUCCUGAACAACUCCGCUGGCUGGGUCCACUCCGUCUCGUUCUCGCCCAGCGGAGAUGUCCUGGCCUUUGCUGCUCAUGAUAGCAGCAUCACCGUCGUAUACCCCAGCGGUCCUGAUCAACCUCCCCGUGCUGUCGUAAGCAUCUCCACUCAGCUCCUUCCUUUCAUGAGCUUGAUUUGGAGCGCUGAAGACGGAAUAAUCGCUGCUGGCUACGAUUGCGAGGCGUUCAGGUUCCAAGGGGGCCCAGGCGGUUGGCAUCUUGUAGGCACCCUGGAAUCCAAGGGAAGGCCCGGCGCAGAUAGCGUCCGAGAGGAGUCUGCUUUGAAUAUGUUUAGGCAGAUGGACCUCAAAGGCAAGGUCAAGGAUGAUACGCAGCUCAAGACCGUGCACCAAAAUACCAUUUCCACUAUUCGAGCCUACGAAACUUCUGGCGAUCGUGUUACCAAGUUUAGCUCGAGCGGAGUUGAUGGCAGGGUUGUCAUCUGGCAUACCUAA